AUAAAAGAAAAUUAUUUUUAAUGAAUAGUUAUGAAGAACUACAAUGUAUACAAUGAAGUGGUCUAAUUUUCAACAGCAUUGUGGUUUUGGUUUUUUGAUAAGACUCGUGUUAAUUGUUUACGCAACUUUUCAUGAUAAAUUAUUUAAAGUUCCUUAUACUGACGUUGAUUACAAAGUAUACACUGAUGCUGCAAGAUAUGUAACUCUUGGUAAAUCACCAUAUAAUCGACAUACUUAUAGAUAUUCACCAUUAUUGGCUUUUAUACUCACGCCAAAUAUAUUUAUUGAUCCAAAUUUUGGAAAAGUUCUCUUCUCUAUAAUUGACAUCAUUAUAGUUAUUUUAAUUAAAGUUAUACUAUCAAAAAAUUACUGCCCAAAUAGAAUUUCAAAAAUUUGUGCAUUAUUGUGGCUAUAUAAUCCAAUGACAAUAGUAAUUUCAACACGAGGCAACUCAGAUUCUCUAGUAGUUGUAUUAAUUCUGUUGACUUUAUAUUUUCUAGAAGAGAAAUAUUUUAUUUCCGGGUUAAUUUAUGGUUUAUCAGUAUAUUUUCGUUUAUAUCCAAUUAUAUAUAGCUUAGUAAUAUAUUUAUCACUUAAAACUGAAAAUCAUUUUAUUCCUAAUAGAAAUCAAUUAAAAUUUCUGUUAGGUUUUUUUUUGUCAUUUAUGACUCUAACAUGUAUUAGUUACCUCUUUUAUGGCUAUGAAUUUCUUUAUACAAGUUUCUUUUUUCAUUUAAUACGAAAAGAUGCACGUCAUAAUUUCUCUAUCUAUUUUUACAUGCUUUACUUAUUAGUUGGCGAAUCUGAAAAUACAAUUGAACGUAUUUUACGAACAAUACCACUGUUAAUUUUAUUGAUCAUAGUGUCGUUUCGGUAUGCAAAUAAAAAACAAUUACCAUUUGCUAUUUUAAUCUUAGCCAUGGUAAUGGUUACAUAUAAUUCUGUCGUAACUUCUCAAUAUUUUUUUUGGUAUUUAUCAUCAUUGCCUCUUUCUAUACCGCAUAUACGAAUGAGUUUAAUUAAAUGGAUUACUUUAGGUAGUAUUUGGGCUAUGGCUCAAGGAUUAUGGCUUUUCCAUGCAUAUUGUUUAGAAUUUCUAGCAUUAAAUACAUUUUAUUCAAUAUGGUUCGAUAGUAUGAUUUUUUUUGUUGUAAAUAUAAAAGUAUUGUAUGAUUUGAUCGUUCAUUAUAAUAAUGUACUUAUAUAUUCAAAGGAAAAAUAA